GCAGUCUCCGGGGCUGCAGACUCACCCUCCUCGUUGACGGAAGUAGCCGGUGUGUCGGUGACACGUCACUGAGGUCAGACUGGAGGAAAGAUGGCGUGCACCUAUGAGAGUUUCAACUUGCGCACCACACCUGAGAAGUUUUACAUAGAAGCUUGUGAUGAUGGAUCCGAGGAUGUGCUGGCUAUUGACAGGGUGUCAACUGAGAUGACUCUCACAGUGAAGAGGGACAUCCCUCCAUCUGCAGACACCAGGCCAAUACAUGGAGUCAUGGGGACUAUACGUUUGGUGGCAGGCAUGUACCUGGUUGUCAUUACAAAGAAGUCAAAGGUGGGAGAUUUGCUGGGCCAUGCUGUGUGGAAGGCUCUGGACUUUGACAUCAUCUCCUAUAAGAAGACAAUACUACACCUGACGGACAACCAGAUGCAAGACAACAAGACUUUCUUGUCCAUGAUCAACAAUGUGCUACACACAGACGGCUUCUACUUUGCCACAGACUACGACCUGACCCACACCCUGCAGCGCCUGGCCAAUACCAGCCCUGAGUUUCAGGAGAUGAGCCUUCUGGAGAGGGCAGAUCAGCGUUUCGUCUGGAACGGCCACUUAUUGAGGGAAUUCACUGCACAGCCAGAGUUACACAAGUUUGUGUAUCCUGUUAUCCAUGGCUUCAUCAUCAUGAAGUCAAGCUGCAUCAAUGGAAAGGUGUUUGAGUGGAGCAUCAUCUCCAGGAGGAGCUGCUUCAGAGCCGGUGUUCGUUACUAUGUCAGAGGCAUUGAUUCAGAAGGCCAUCCUGCUAACUAUGUGGAAACGGAGCAGAUAGUGCAGUACAACAGUGCCAAGGCUUCCUUUGUUCAGACAAGAGGCUCCAUCCCCUUCUACUGGUCCCAAAGGCCCAACCUCAAGUAUAAGCCAAAACCACAGAUCAGCAAAACAGCGAACCAGUUGGAUGGAUUCCAGAGACACUUUGACUCCCAGAUUAUUCUGUAUGGGAGACAAGUCAUUUUGAACUUGAUCAACCAAAAGGGCUCCGAAAAGCCAUUGGAGCUGGCAUUUGACAAGCUGGUGACCAGCUUGGGUAACGGCAUGAUCAAGUACAUAGCCUUUGACUUCCAUAAGGAGUGCAGUCGGAUGAGGUGGCACCGCCUGCAGAUCUUAGUGGACAUGGUCGCUGAAAUGCAGGACGAAUUUGGAUAUUUCCUGGUGGAUGCAGAUGGGAAGGUGUUGUUGAACCAGGAGGGGACGUUUCGGAGCAACUGCAUGGACUGUCUGGACCGCACCAAUGUCAUCCAGAGCAUGCUCGCCCAACGCUCACUGCAGUCACAGCUACGGAGGAUGGGCGUCCUCCACGUGGGCCAGCAGCUUGAAGAGCAGGCAGCAUUUGGGAAGAUGUUCAAGAACGCCUGGGCUGACAACGCUGAUGCCUGUGCCAAGCAGUAUGCUGGUACCGGUGCCCUGAAGACCGACUUUACCAGGACAGGGAAGAGGACUCAGUUGGGGCUGCUGAUGGACGGCUGGAACUCCAUGAUCCGAUACUACAAAAACAACUUCUCUGAUGGUUUUAGACAGGACUCCAUUGAUCUGUUCCUGGGGAACUAUGCUGUGGACGAGGCUGAUUGGACGACCCCACUGCGUGACCCCAAAGACUGGAAGUUCCUGACGUUGCCUAUCAUCAUGGUGGUCGCUUUCUCCAUGUGCAUCAUCUGCCUGCUCAUGGCUGGUGACACGUGGACCGAGACUUUGGCCUAUGUUCUGUUCUGGGGAACAGCCAGCGUGGUAACAGGCGGCCUCAUCCUCUUUAACGGCCUGGACUUUGUAGAUGCUCCAAUGCUGGUGCAGAAGGAGAAGCUGGACUGAAUUUGUGUGUGUGGAAAGCAGCUAGGCCCUGGCGAGCUCACCACCUCAUCCUCCGGCUCUUCAUCACUUUACCCCCAGCAUCAACAGCAUCAGCAGGCCUGGAGCCUCUACUAGCAGGGUGGAGUGGAGGAUGGUGGUGGGAAGCAGGGCCGGCCUCGUGUACCAAAACGGUGAAAAGACAGAGACUGGGAGUGCACGGGCCUGCUGCUGUCCACACUGCAGCGACUUUCAUGUGAAGAGGACUUUUCUGUUCACACUGAACCUCUGAACUUUGUUCUUACUGGAUGUGAUUGUUCCUGAUUUCAAAGGAAAGCUGUGGGAGCGACAGAAAUGUUUGUCACACUGCAUUCACUUAAUGGGUGCACUGGGAUCAGAACAGCUGCUGUGAUGUCACAGUGCAGCUAUAAAUGAAUUACUGUAUAUACCAUUAAUUUGCCUUCUGUCUUUUUCUUUUUGCCAUGGCCAAAAUCUGUUUAUCCAUGUACAGUUUCUCUGUCCCAGGUUCAACUCUUUCAGACCAAUAAGGCUGUCCUGUGCAAAAGGCUCCAGGCCGUCAGCCUUCUGUCAGCACAGUUUAAAUUACACAGCCUGUGUAUUAUUGGUAGUUUCUCACAUGCCUAUUAGCAACUUGUUGAAAGGCGAACGGGCGGUCUUUAUCGCUUUGUACAUCAGGUUUAUAUUAGACACGUGUUUGUGGUUAUCAGCUCACUGUUAAAAUCAUUUGAGUUUGAUGAAUGAAAAAGCCACUGCAGAAUGUAAACAAGACUAUAAAAGGCAUCAUUACAACUGACUCUAGGUUGAAGUGUUAUUGAACUUUUACCUAUUUAUUUACUAUUAAAGUAAUUUGUGCGCAGAAAUGAUAUUCUGCGCUUUCUAUUGACUUAAGUCGUGGUCUUAGAAGAGUCAUUUGGAAUAAACAGAAUGUAUUAUUAAGCAGUAUAAUUACCAUGUUAAGAUUAAAACACUAAAGGGAUGUCAAAGACACUAUAUAUUGUUUAACAUGUUAAAUUUAAAUCGAGUUAAAUGACAUGUUUCAGGUUGGUGGCUGUCUUUCAGUGUUGAUGUUCCAGUAUGUACUGAAUUCAUUCCUUCAUAAUAAUGACAGUGUUGGUUAUCACAGUCAUUUUAUUGCUCCUCACCUUUAAGGAUCCAGUUGUGCUGUAUUAGAUGUUUCAGCUAUGGCUGCACAAUCCAAUCUGCUUGCUUUGAUUUGGGAUGGAGAUGCAUGGAUAUAUUUCAGAUUUGUCUGUUGAACAAUGUUGGGUUCUUGCUGAAAUGCUCAAAGAUAUAUGUUAAAUGUUGACAAUAUAGUUUAAUUUUAUGUUCUGUUAAGUUUUGUAAUUGGAGAGCAUUCAUGUUACCUUCCCUUCCAUUCAGUCAUUCUGAUGCUAAGGAUGUCAAAGUUGAGGACACGUUCACAAAUGCAUUACUAACGUUUGUCUCUCUUAAGUUGGAUUUAUGCUCUUUUAUGAAUGGAAUCAUACAAAUGAAAUGUGUGAAUGGUUCAGGACAAUUUAUUGACCAAUUUAUUCGCAUUUAUCAUUCUCUCUUGGGUACAAACAAAAAAAUGCUGAGUGGUCCAGACCUGUAGCAUGAGUCAUGAACACAGCUCGUUUCACUUAAGAAUUGUAACACCUUUAUCUGAAUGAAUUUUAAAUAGUUUAAAUCUGAUUCUGAAAGCAACUCAAAUAAAAAUAUUUAAGACAAACUUACUGCAAAACUACUAAUCUCUUCACCGUUUUAUUAUCAUCAGUUUACUUACAGGUUUUUUAAAUUAUUUUUAUUGACAUAUUUCGGUACAUUUCACAGGGCUUUCCACUCGGACAUGGAGUAGUAAGCCAGUGGGGAAAAGCAGCCAGCUAGGGGAGUCCUGGGGCAUGCCCCCCUCGAGAUUUUUUUGCAGUAAAAGCCCAAAUUUGGUGGUCUCUUUCACAUUCUAAUGCCUUUAUUCCAUCAUAUACACUGAUCUUAAAAUACUGAGUUUGCCUACAUGAUUGUAAACGUAUAGGGAAUUUUAUGUUGUAAAGGAGAACAAGGCUCAUCGUAUUUGAGUUUAUUUAGGGCAUCAUUUUGACAGCUUUCUUGUAAAUUCUGUAAUGGAUUCUGUUAACGCUUCAAUAUGCUCUUAUUUUGAAAGCUACACGUGUUUAGCAACAGGAAGUUGUUUAUAGUGAUGUUCGUAAACUUGUCUAUGGCACCCAUCAGAAUUAAAGAAGAUAAACUCUUGCUCUUCA